AUGUAUGCAUUGUCUACUAGUGCCGAGGGAGCCUGUCACCUGUGUGUGCCGCCUGACCCCGGUAUCCAGUCUGCUGCUCCAGGUGCCGGUGAGGCUGCCGCUCUAGGUGCUAGUGCGUCUGCUGCCCCUGGUCCUGGUGAGGCUGCUGCUCUAGGUGCAGGUGUGUCUGCUGCUUCAGGUGCUUGUGAGUCUGCGCCUUUAGGUACUGCGUCUACUGAGGCACUGCACACCUUCACACUGGACUCAGGUGCUUCCCGCUGUUUCUUUCGCGACCGCACUGCCCUCGAGCAGCUCCCUAGGCCGGUUGCUGUCUCCCUGGCUGACCCCUCCGGGGGUCCGGUCCUUGUGACCUCCACCACUGCCCUCCCUUGUCCUGCUGUCCCGUCUGGCACACUGUCGGGCCUUUACCUCCCCUCGUUCUCUACGAACUUGGUGGCGGGUUCUGCGCUCCAGGACGCAGGUGUUCACUA